AUGGUGCACGGGCGAGACUCGAAAAUUUUUCAGUUUGGCGAUUCCAAUUCUAUACAAUAUAGACUGGAUGAAGAAUGCAAGAAAGUAAAGACUCUUUUCAGGAGAGCAGUGGAGAAGAGAGAGACAUACAGACACACAGAGAGUAGAAAAGAAUCAGAUAUGUCGAACAAGCUAAUGAGACCAAUCCAGCUGAAGGGGCAUGAACGUCCUAUCACACAAGUGAAAUACAAUAGAGAAGGUGAUUUAAUUUUUUCCACAGCUAAGGAUCAUCAUAUCUGUGUUUGGUAUUCAGCCAAUGGCGAGAGACUAGGUACUUACCACGGUCACAGGGGUACUGUCUGGUCGGUUGAGGUUGAUAAUACCACCACCUACAUUUUAACUGCCAGUGCUGACUUAUCCGGUAAGUUGUGGAGCGCAGAAACAGGAGAAUGUAUUCAAACUUGGAAUUUUGAAUCUCCUGUUAAAAGAGUUGAGCUAUCUCCAGAUAACAAAAAAUUGUUCUUUUUGACCGACAAUGUUAUGGGUCAAAUGGGUAAAAUUCAAAUAUUUAAUAUUGACUUAAGUAAAGGUGGAAAUCAGGAAACAGAACCAGUGUUGAGUAUUGUUAAUCAAGGUGAUGCCUCUACUAAAGUGACCAUUGCAACUUGGUCAUACGAUGGUAAAUACAUUCUUGCAGGUCAUGCCGAUGGUAGUAUCUCUAAAUAUGACUCCCAAACAGGAGAAGAAUUAGCACAUUCAACACCUUUCAAAAACCAAGUUACAGAUCUUCAGACAUCAAGUGAUAAAACAUAUUUUGUUGCAUCAUCAAAGGAUCAAACCGCCAAGUUAUUUGAUGUUGAAAGUUGGAAGCAGUUAAAGGAAUACAGCUCUGGAUCCCCUGUCAAUGCAGCAUUGAUUACCCCAGUGAAAGAUUUUAUUAUUCUAGGAGGUGGUCAAGAUGCAAGAGAUGUUACAACCACCUCUGGUAGUGAAGGUGGAUUUGAUGCAAAGAUCUUCCACAAAAUUUUUGAAGAUGAAAUUGGUAGAAUCAAGGGACAUUUUGGUCCUUUGAAUUGCCUUUCAAUCCACCCAGAUGGUACUUCUUAUGUAUCUGGAGGUGAAGAUGGUUUCAUUAGAUUACACCAUCUUCCAAAGUCAUAUUUCGAAUUCCAGUAUGAAGUUGAGAAGACUGCCGAAGCCUUACAGCAUCAAAGUGCAAAUGCCGAAAACGUUGAAGCUUCUGCAUAG